GUCUUCACUCGCAAUCCGCAAGCGAGCCGUGAUGGACGCGCUCAAGCCUCACUGAGGCAGGCAUAGACUACAAAAAUAUUAAAAUAGACUAGUCAAAAUAUUUUUUAUGGCCUACGAGAGCUUUAAGACAGCAUAUUAACCAUGGGUGCAGACAGGCCAAAUGGUGUGGCGAACUACUGUAGACGGCCGCCGCAGCGCCCGCUGUUGCAGAAAUUGCAGUACGCUAUUUGGAACCCUGAGGAAGGAACGUUUUUGGGCCGCACGCCGCAUAGAUGGGGUGUAAUCGGGCUGAUCUACCUGGUGAUGUACAUCUGCAUCAUCAUAUUCUUCUCCAUCUGCAUGUGUGGGCUGCUCGCCACCAUGGACGAGCGUGUGCCGUACUUCCAGCUCGCUGACUCCAUCAUAGGCGCCAACCCUGGCAUGGGACACCGUCCGCUGCUGUACGAGGAAGGGGCUCUCAUCUGGUACGAUGCCGACAAUGACACACAGAUCAAGAGAUACGUCGAUAACAUCAACGAGUUUCUUGCACCAUACGAGAACAAAUCUCUCCUCGUCAACGGCGGAGUAAACCAGCGUGACUGCGGCACAGUAAAACCGCCACGCGCCGAAGUCUGCUCCUUCAGCACCGAUCAGCUCGGAGACUGCUCUGCUGCGAAUGGCUUCGGGUACAGCAAUAGGACGCCUUGCCUUAUCAUCAAACUUAAUAGGAUAUACAAUUGGAACCCCGAAUUCUUCGACGACCCCAACGAGCUGCCGCCCGACAUGCCUCCUGAUAUCACGAACUAUAUUAAUUCCACUACAUCUCCGCGAGAACGUCGCAGAGUGUGGGUAUCGUGCAUGGGCGAGCGGCCGGCCGACGUCGAAGCUUUGGGUCCACUCCGCUACUACCCGUACCCAGGCCUGGAUGAAACCUUCUUCCCGUAUGAUAACACUCCUGGGUAUCUCAGCCCGCUGGUGGCCGUGCAACUUCUUAAGCCUAAAUUGAACCAGAUCAUCAACAUUCGCUGCCGCGCCUGGGCCCGCAACAUACAGUUCACCGAGAGUCUGAAGGAGCGCCUCGGCUCCACUCAUCUUGAGAUCAUGAUCGACUGAGACCGGAUAACUAUACGAUGUCAUCGGAGACGUCAACAGAUUACCUCAUCAUAUCGAUGGAAAGUCGUCAACUGGACUUAGGCCUUCAAAACAACGGAUUGUUGUCUAUUUGUCGUUUCUAAUGGUUCCCUGAGAUAUUGACCUACCGCCAAUAUCGUAAAAACUAGAAUCUUUAUCUACCCCUCUAUCAUUCUUCCAUAUUUGAGCAACAGAGAGGGAAAUAACGUUCCUCGAUUCUUUCGGCCCGAAGGGCCUUCCGCGAAUCCUGCUUCCAAAAAUUGCAUUUUAAUCUAAAGCGGGAAUCAUCAGCGUGGGAUUUCAUGGAAAUGAAAAAUAAUGGAGGACAGUUAGUAUAGGAAAACAUUUUCAUAUAAAGCUAUUUAGUAAGUUUGGUAUUAUGAAUAAGGCUGUUUCACAAAGACCAUAAUGCUAACUUUAAAUCAUCAAACCUAUAUCUGAUGGCGUCUCCGAUCCUAAAAAUAAGUGUGUGUUCCAUAUGUGCCUUUGCUU